UCUAAUUUCGUCAAAUUAUUGAAUAGUGAUGACGUCCUUUCUUUGAUCAUUAUAAGAGUUAAAAAUAUAAUUAAAAUGAAUGUAAACAGUGUAGAAGAUGACCACACUUCUUCUGCUCUCGAUGUGAUCGAAAGUCCUCGGAAAAGAAUGCGUUUAGACACCUCAGCGCGCAAAUCUUGGAGUCUGAUGGACCGAAGAACGGAUACUGAAGUAUUACAAGAGAUGGGUGUCAGUUUACUAGAGCCGGAGGAUGGUGAAAAUAACUGUGAUCCAACGAAUAAUACACAUAGACAACUUAAAAGAAAACGUGAUAUAGAAAAUGUGAACCCAAACAUAUCCCGAGUUAUCAGCCCCCCGGGGAAGUCGAGCCCCGGACCGUCACGGAAGAGCCCCAGGAGCUGUGAUAAAUUACCCCUCCAACCAACAGAACAAUUGCUGGACACGACCCUGACCAGUGCUUACUUGAUAGAAGAGGAAACCCCCCUGGGUCAGUCAGUCAGCGCUGGCUACAAACACACGAGCUCCGGGUACAGCGCUACAACCACAAGCGGCAAGAAACUUAAGGAAAUUGAACGUCCAUCAGAGGAGCCCGUGAGCGUGAUCGGAGCCUUGGCGUCCAGCAGGGAUACAUUCUCCAUGUUACCGGACGAGUUGGUGCUGUCUGUGCUCCGCUGGCUGCCGAAGAGGGCUCUGGCUCAUUGCGCUCUCGUUUGCAAGAGGUUAUACAGACUAGCCUGCGACGAGACGCUCUGGCAGAGGUUAGAUUUAGGCAACAAGACUCUAGCGAAGGAUGCCCUAGGCAGGAUAUUGGCCAGGAAGCCCGUCAUCGUCAGACUCGCCAGUUCCGAGAUAGGCGCGUGGGCGCCGGCGGCGUGCCCCCCCUCGCGCGUGCAGUACCUGGACCUGAGCAUGUGCUCGCUGGACGCGCGCACGCUGGAGCACGCGCUGCUCGCCUGCCCCGCGCUGCGCAAGCUCAGCCUCGAGAGCGUCGCGCUCACUGCGCACGCGCAGCGACUCCUCGGCAAAUGCACAAACUUGGAGACGCUCAACCUGACGAUGGCUCAGGGGAUCACCGCCGAGGGGUUGACGUGUAUGCUGGAAGGAUGUGCGGGUCUGCAGUCCCUGAACAUAUCGUGGUGCAACCUGAGCGAGGCCGCGCUGAACGUGCUCGUGACGAUGUUACCGCCGAAACUGCAGAGGCUGAACGUCAGCGGAGCGAGGGUCAUGACUGACGACAUGGUGGCGGCGCUGGUGGCUCGCUGCCCGCGGCUGCUGGACCUCGACGUGUCGGACUGUUCCCGCCUGGGCGUGUCGGCGCUGACGGCGCUGCUGGCGCUCACCCGCCUCGAGCACCUCGCGCUCAGCCGCUGCUACCUGCUGCCGCCGCACUCGCUCAUGAAGCUGAGCAGCAUGACGUCCCUGCAGUAUCUCGAGGUGUGGGGAAUGCUGCAGAGUGGCUCCCUGAACACUCUGAGGAAGGCUCUCCCCGCGAUACAACUCAAUCAAUUUAUGUUCAGCGCCAUCGCGAGGCCCACGAUCGGCACGAGGCGGACGUCCAUCUGGGGCCUCAGGACGAGAGACUGAUAAUUAUAAUUCGAUAUAGUGUAAAUAUUUAUUGUAAUUAGGUGAAAUAAAUCUUUAAAUCGAAAAUAAAUU